AUGGCGGACCAGAUCCCUCUGUACCCGGUGCGCAGCGCGGCCGCGGCCAGCCGCAAACGCGCGGCCUACUACAGCGCGGCGGGGCCCGGGGCCGAGCGGCCCAGCAGGUACCAGCUGGAAGAUGAGUCUGCCCAUUUGGAUGAAAUGCCACUAAUGAUGUCUGAAGAAGGCUUUGAGAACGAAGAAAGUGAUUACCACACAUUACCACGAGCUAGGAUCACGCGGAGAAGGCGCGGGCUGGAGUGGUUCGUCUGCGGAGGGUGGAAGUUCCUCUGUACCAGCUGCUGUGAUUGGCUGAUAAAUAUUUGCCAGAGAAAGAGAGAGCUGAGAGCUCGUAUAGUGUGGCUUGGACAUCCUGAGAAGUGUGAAGAAAAACAUCCCAGAAAUUCAAUCAAAAAUCAAAAAUACAAUGUGUUUACCUUUAUACCUGGGGUUUUAUAUGAACAAUUCAAGUUUUUCUUGAAUCUCUAUUUUCUGGUAGUCUCCUGCUCACAGUUUGUGCCAGCAUUGAAAAUAGGCUAUCUCUACACCUACUGGGCUCCUCUGGGAUUUGUCUUGGCUGUUACUAUCACGAGGGAAGCAAUUGAUGAAUUUCGGCGUUUUCAGCGAGACAAGGAAGUGAAUUCACAACUGUACAGCAAGCUUACAGUAAGAGGUAAAGCGCAAGUUAAGAGUUCAGACAUACAAGUUGGAGACCUCAUCAUAGUGGAAAAGAAUCAAAGAGUUCCAUCGGACAUGGUAUUUCUUAGGACUUCAGAAAAAGCAGGUUCGUGUUUUAUUCGAACUGAUCAACUAGAUGGUGAAACCGACUGGAAGCUGAAGGUGGCGGUGAGCUGCACACAGAGGCUGCCCGCUUUGGGGGACCUCUUUUCGAUCAGCGCUUAUGUUCACGCUCAGAAGCCACAGCUGGACAUCCACAGCUUUGAGGGCACGUUUACCAGGGAAGACAGUGAUCCACCCAUUCAUGAAAGUCUCAGCAUAGAAAACACAUUGUGGGCAAGCACCAUUGUUGCAUCAGGUACGGUAAUAGGUGUUGUCAUUUAUACUGGAAAAGAGACUCGAAGUGUAAUGAACACAUCCAAUCCCAAAAAUAAGGUGGGUUUGUUGGACCUUGAACUCAAUCAGCUGACCAAAGCACUGUUUCUGGCCUUGGUGGCUCUCUCGGUUGUCAUGGUGACCUUGCAAGGCUUUGUGGGCCCGUGGUACCGCAGCCUCUUCCGGUUCCUCCUCCUGUUUUCCUACAUCAUCCCCAUAAGCCUGCGUGUGAACUUGGACAUGGGCAAAGCGGCGUACGGGUGGAUGAUCAUGGCAGACAGCAGCAUUCCCGGCACUGUCGUCCGGACCAGCACCAUCCCGGAGGAGCUGGGGCGCCUGGUGUACCUGCUCACGGACAAGACAGGGACCCUCACGCAGAAUGAAAUGGUAUUCAAGCGGCUGCACCUGGGCACUGUGUCCUACGGGACGGACACGAUGGACGAAAUCCAGAGCCACGUCAGGGACUCCUGCUCACAGCUGCAUUCUCAAGCCACCAGUUCAACCCCACCCAGAAAAGCCCAAUCUUCAGCUCCCAAAGUGAGAAAGAGCGUCAGCAGUCGAGUCCACGAAGCAGUGAAGGCCAUCGCGCUGUGCCACAACGUGACCCCCGUGUACGAGCCUCGGGCCGGCGGAACCGGGGACACUGAGCACGCGGAGGUGGACCAAGACUUCAGCGACGAGAACCGCACCUACCAGGCCGCCAGCCCCGACGAGGUGGCCCUCGUGCAGUGGACGGAGAGCGUCGGCCUGACCCUGGUCAGCAGAGACCUCACCUCCAUGCAGCUGAGGACCCCCGGCGGCCAGAUCCUGACCUACAGCGUCCUGCAGACGUUCCCCUUCACGUCGGAGAGCAAGCGCAUGGGCGUCAUCGUCAGGGACGAGUCCACGGCAGAAAUCACGUUCUACAUGAAAGGCGCCGAUGUAGCCAUGUCCGCCAUCGUCCAGUACAACGACUGGCUGGAGGAGGAGUGUGGGAACAUGGCCCGCGAAGGCCUGCGCACCCUCGUGGUCGCAAAGAGGACGCUCACGGAGGAGCAGUACCAGGACUUCGAGAGCCGACACGCGCAGGCCCGGCUGAGCGUGCACGACCGGGCGCUGAAGGAGGCGGCCGUGCGGGAGAGCCUGGAGCGGGACAUGCAGCUGCUGUGCGUCACGGGCGUGGAGGACCGGCUGCAGGCGCACGUGAGGCCCACGCUGGAGUUGCUGCGGAACGCCGGCAUCAAGAUCUGGAUGCUCACGGGCGACAAACUCGAGACGGCCACGUGCAUCGCCAAGAGCUCGCACUUGGUGUCCCGGACCCAGGACGUUCACAUCUUCAGACCAGUCACCAGUCGAGGGGAGGCCCAUUUGGAGCUGAAUGCCUUUCGAAGGAAACAUGACUGUGCACUGGUCAUAUCUGGGGACUCCCUGGAGGUGUGUCUGCGGUACUAUGAGCACGAGCUCGUGGAGCUGGCCUGCCAGUGCCCCGCCGUGGUGUGCUGCCGCUGCUCGCCCACCCAGAAGGCCCACAUCGUGAAGCUGCUGCGACAGCACACGCACAGACGCACCUGCGCCAUCGGUGACGGCGGGAAUGAUGUAAGCAUGAUCCAGGCUGCAGACUGUGGGAUUGGCAUUGAAGGGAAGGAGGGGAAGGCGGCCUCGCUGGCGGCGGACUUCUCCAUCCAGCGCUUCGAGCACGUGGGCCGGCUGCUGGUGGUGCACGGGCGGAGCAGCUACAAGCGGUCAGCGGCGCUCGGCCAGUUCGUCAUGCACAGGGGCCUGGUCAUCUCCACCAUGCAGGCUGUGUUCUCCUCCGUCUUCUACUUCGCAUCCGUCCCUCUGUACCAGGGUUUCCUCAUGGUGGGGUACGCAACGGUCUACACCAUGUUUCCCGUGUUCUCGCUGGUGCUGGACCAGGACGUGAAGCCGGAGAUGGCCUUGCUGUACCCGGAGCUCUACAAGGAGCUGACCAAGGGCAGGUCCUUGUCCUUCAAGACCUUCCUCGUCUGGGUUUUGAUCAGCAUUUACCAAGGCGGCAUCCUCAUGUACGGGGCCCUGGUGCUUUUCGAGUCCGAGUUUGUGCACGUCGUGGCCAUCUCGUUCACCGCCCUCGUCCUCACGGAGCUGCUCAUGGUGGCGUUGACCGUCCGGACGUGGCACUGGCUGAUGGUCGUGGCCGAGUUCCUCAGCCUGGGCUGCUACAUGGCCUCGCUCGCUUUUCUCAAUGAAUAUUUUGAUGUCGCCUUCAUCACGACGGCGCCCUUCGUGUGGAAGGUGUCGGCGAUCACCGUGGUCAGCUGCCUGCCGCUCUACCUGCUCAAGUACUUGAAGCGCAAGCUGUCGCCGCCCAGCUACUCCAAGCUGACCUCCUAGGCGCCGCGCGUGGGGUCCCGUGGGGUCCCCGUGGCCGCGGGGCGGCGGCUGCGCCACGGCCGGCAGAGGAUCGGCGCCCCGAGCGCGCAUCGUGCGCGGCGCACCCCUGCUUUCCUUUUUUAUUUUUAGUAUUUAAUUUUCGUAUCAAACCAGCUUCCGUUUCUAUUGAAAACGAGCCCCGAUUAUCCCUCUGGCUGCGCAGCGCUCAGCCCGGCGCGACCCGAGAACUGACGCGGAAGCCUGGCCCCCCCCCCUCGCCCGGAAUAAAGCCUGGACCUGCGAA